GGGGGAAAAGUGGCGCACUACAUUAGAAAUCUGCAAGAAAAGGUGAAGAAGAAGAAGGGACCAAUCAAAUGACCUCCGUGGAGUAGGGGGGCGUGGUCAUUCCUGCUCUGAGCGAGCGAGGACGGGAAGGGAAGGCAAGAUGGCGGCGAACGAACACAAGGACAACAGAGCUCCAAAUGCGGGAGGGAAAGGCGGCCAGCCUUUGGUCAUCGCUAGAACCCUCGCCGAAGCACAACGUCUAAAGUUGGACAGGCUCAUGCGGAACCCCGACAAACCCGCCCCCAUCCCCGACCGACACAAACAAUGGACCCCGCGGGCUCCCCCGGAGUUCGUCCGGGACGUGAUGGGCUCCAGCGCCGGCGCCGGCAGCGGCGAGUUCCACGUCUACCGCCACCUGCGGCGCCGGGAGUACCAAAGGCAAGACUUCUUGGACAAAAUGUCCUCCCGCUACAACAAAGAACAAGCUUAUCUGGACAAGGUGGAGCAGAACCGAACCGACGCCGAGGAGAGGACGGCCAAGCGGCGGAAGAAGCGCGAAAAACUCAAGCUGAAGAAGAUGAUGGCGAAGAAAGCCAAGCUGGACUCCAAAGGCGACCAAGAGGAGGCCAAGAGCAGCUCGUCGAGCAGCGAGGAGGAGGAGGAGGAGGAGAAAGAAGCCGAGGACGACGCCGAGGUUCCGAGCUUCAUCAUGGGGAAAAAGUAACACAUUGACGGGUGGAUAAAGUGUCUUGUCGGGGCGUCAUGGACAUCAACGCCUUUCAAGGUAGUGAGUGUGCCACACACUCACUGAGGCCUCAAUUACUCAUCACAAGGCUCCAAGUGAUCACAAGCAUCAGCAUUACAAUACAAGCAUAUUGUUUUUAAAAGGUAAGAUUUAUAUAUAAUGUAAAAAAACACUUUUUCACUCACUACAUUUCAACACUAAAAAAGUUCUAUAAUUUGACAAACGUCGAAAAAAAAAUCAAUGUUUGUCAAGUUGUAGAAUAGUUUUUAUUAUCACAUUUAAUUUUAUGCAGCGUCACUUAAAAUCAAGGUUGAAAACCUAUUUUUUAUGUCUUGGUUUUAUGUAAGAGACCCCCACCCACGUGUUUUAAAAAGUAAUAAUAAAUGUUUUUAAAAAAAAUGUUGGUCAGAAGACACAACAUUCAGUACAUUUUAUUCCAAAAAAUAUUGGAUUUACAGGUCAAAUUCAGACACUUAUAUAAUCUGACAGAUGGGUGAUCAUUAUGACACAGCACCACUGUGUCAAUGCAGCUAGUGAGUGUGCCACACACUCACUGAGGCCUCAAUUACUCAUCACAAGGCUCCAAGUGAUCACAAGCAUUAGCAUUACAAUACAAGCAUGUUGUUUUUAAAAGGUAACAUUUAUAUGUAAUGUAAAAAAACACUUUUUCACUCACUACAUUUCAACACCCAAAAAGUUGUAUAAUUUGACAAACGUCGAAAAAAAAUCAAUGUUUGUCAAGUUGUAGAAAUGUUUUUGAUAUCACUUUUAUUUUUAUGCAGCGUCACUUAAAAUCAAGGAUGAAAACCUAUUAUUUAUGUCUUGGUUUUAUGUAAGAUCCCCCACCCCCCUCUCGUGUUUUAAAAAGUAAUAAUAAAUGUUUGAAAAAAAAAUUGGGGUCAGAAGACACAACUUUCUGUACAUUUUAUUCCAAAAAUAAGUAUUUAUUUCAACUUCAAAUCCAAUUUGAAAAAAACGUGUAAUCAAAAAUAUUCCUUUAGACAGAAAAUUGUUAAUUAAUAUUGUUAUUAUUAUUUCUUUAGGAAAUACUUUUAAAUAAAUGCUAAAACCUCUUUUGGUCAGCAUUCACUGCAUUUACCUCAUAACACCACCAACAACAAAAAAUACUAUAAUUUGACAAAGUGUGUCGCUUAAUAAACUCAAAAUAAAAAAAUAAAAAUUGUUUUUACCGAAGUUGGAUUAUUAUAUACAACACAUGCAUGUUGUUAUUUUGCAUGUUCUGUAUCGCUGCAAUAAUUAUGACUAUUUCUUGGGGUAUAUGUUUCUUAUUUUUGAAUGCGUUAUUUAAUUUAAUUAAUAUGGUUAAUGUAGUCUGUUCUGUUAGAAUUAGGGGGGAAAACAACAUGUUUGGGGGUUUUAAAUCGGCAUGCUUUCAUUUUCGAAAAUGUAAACAACACCCAAGACUAGUCAGCUGCCGUGAGCGUCAAGAUGGAUUUUUAAGCAAUAAAGUGUGUUUGCAGCCUUGCGAUUGGGUCACUUGCACUUGUCCGUUGCUCGUGGCUUUAACAAGGUCUGCGAAAAGCAAAGCGGAAGAAUGAAAAGGCGUGACUUCUGGAGGCUCAGAAGCUUCACGUGCGAUCUUCUUCGGACAGGCGACUCCUGCCUCCCACGGCGGUGACGGCCUCGCUCUCUAGGCGCCACCUUUCUUGAGGCAGGUAGAGGAAAACCUUGGCACUGACACCGCUGAGGCAGGUAGAGACCUUCCUGUCUGGCACUGUUAACCAAGAAACAAUCUUUUCAGUUUUCUUCGGAAUAAAAAUCAGUUUUGCACAUUA